AUGCUUCACUCGUCAGCGCCUGCGGCUCACGGAGGCAUUCAUCGACCGGACAAGGGAACGGGGAUCAAGGUCACCUUUCGUGACUCAAAGGGAGCGGACAUCAAGACGGUAGAAGCUAAUGAAGGGGACGACCUGCUGAGCGUGGCGCACGAGUACGACGUGGAUCUGGAAGGUGCCUGCGAAGGGAGCAUCGCCUGCUCGACUUGCCACGUAAUCCUCGAGCCAGACGUCUAUGACUCACUCGAGGAGCCCGGAGAUGAUGAGAACGAUAUGCUCGACUUGGCCUUUGGCCUCACUGAUACCUCGAGACUGGGAUGUCAGAUCAAGCUGACCAAGGAGAUGGACGGAAUGGUUGCGUCACUGCCGAGCGCGACGAGGAACAUGAGCUUCAAGAAGGAGUAG